AGGAAAAACUCGCGAGCGCCGAGCACUGCACGCGAUGCUAACCUCUGCUGGCAACCAAGGACAGCGGACGCUGUCAGUGACGUCACAACUUACAAAGGCGCCCCAAACCAAUCAGCGCCCGACAGCACAACUCGCCCGGCGACGCUCUGCGUUUAGCCACGUUGUUUUCCCAACUUUAAAGAAGCCGGCACUUGGCACUGCCUUUUUUUUCCGUCGUGAGGUUAGAGUCGCGGUUCGGUCAGCAGCCAUGAGGUGGUUUCCCUUGCUAGCGGUUUUAAUCCCCGCUGCGCUUGCCAGCGAUGUCCUCGACUACUCGGCGGACUUCGACACGAAGAUUCAGGACCACGACGCAGCACUAGUCGAAUUCUUCGCUCCAUGGUGCGGACACUGCAAGAGGUUAGCGCCCGAGUACGAAAAAGCAGCUACCGAACUUAAAACCAACGACCCUCCAGUUCCAUUGAUAAAGGUGGACUGUACCUCCGACGGUGGAAAAGAUACGUGUUCAAAGCAUGGAGUCAGCGGCUACCCCACCCUCAAGAUCUUCAGAGGUGGAGAGUUUUCGGCGGAUUACAAUGGCCCAAGGGAAGCCGGUGGCAUCGUUAAAUACAUGAAGGCCCAGGUGGGACCAAGCUCGAAGGAACUUCUGUCUGUUGCUGAAGUCGAGAAGUAUCUGUCGAAGGACGACGUUGUCAUUUUUGGUUUCUUCGAGAGCAAGGAUGCCAGCCUGCACGAAAACUUCCUCAAGGUUGCAGACAAGCAGCGGGAGGCCUGGACUUUCGGGCACUCGUUUGACAAGGAUGUGCUCAAGAAGUAUGGCUACAAAAACCAAGUUGUGCUGUUCCGACCCAAGAUUCUCAAGAACAAGUUUGAGGAGAGCUUUGCAGUUUACUCUGGCUCUGAUGACAAGGCGGAACUGGAGACAUUCAUCAAGGAGAACUACCAUGGCCUGGUGGGCCACAGGACUCAGGACAACUAUAACAUGUUCCAGGCUCCGCUCCUGGUUGCCUACUACGACGUAGACUACACCAAGAACGCCAAGGGCACCAACUACUGGCGCAACCGCAUCCUCAAGGUGGCCCAGAACUACAAGGGCAAGCUCAAUUUUGCUGUGAGCAACAAGGACAGCUUUGCUGCCGAGAUGGACGACUACGGCGUGACGGUCAAGGCCAACAAGCCUGCCAUCGCCGUGCGAAACAGCGAGAACGAGAAGUUCCGCAUGACCAACGACUUCAGCGUCGAGAACCUGGAGAAGUUCCUGGAGGAGUACCUUGCUGGCAAAGUGAAGGCCCACCUAAAGUCCGAGCCCGUGCCGGAGACCAACGACGGACCGGUCAAGGUCGCGGUGGCAGAGAACUUCAAGUCCCUGGUCACGGAGAGCACCAAGGACGUCCUCAUCGAGUUCUAUGCCCCCUGGUGUGGACACUGCAAGAAGUUGGCCCCUACCUACGAGGAAGUGGGCAAGACGCUUGCUGACGAGGAUGUCCUAGUUGUGAAGAUGGAUGCCACAGCCAAUGAUGUGCCGUCUGCCUUUGAGGUGUCUGGUUUCCCCACCCUGUACUGGCUGCCCAAGAACGACAAGCAGAACCCGCGGCGGUACGAAGGAGGCCGGGAGCACGACGACUUCAUCAAAUGGAUUGCCAAGCACGCCACGGACGAGCUCAAGGCCUACGACCGCUCCGGAGCCAAGAGGGCCAAGGAGGAGUUAUGAGUGGUCUCUGCUUCACCUGUGGGGGACCAGUUGGGACAAGGACAUUGUUCAAUCACUUUCACCGGGGGUUCUGUUUUUCGCCAUCUCUGUACAAUAAACCAAGGGUGUUUUUGUAAUCGCGA